AUGGCUCGUGUCAAGAGUUUCUUCGAGAGCCGUCGUGCCACCAUAAUCGCUGGGUCUCUCCUCUUCGUCGUCGCUGUUUCUGCGACAGCGAACCCAGGGGCUGUCAAGAGACAGGCAUCCGCUACGGCGACGAAGACUGGCAUUGACUUUGAGAGUUUGACGGGCUGCCAUAUGCAUGGUCCAACUCAGUUCUGUAUGGAUGGCUCAGAUGAGUAUCAGAUCGUCCUUGAAGCGACCAUGACAAAGGAUCCUCCGACUUCGUACACAGACUGUCACAGCCAUGGCUCAGACACAUACUGCAUGAAUCCCAACGGCGGAGAAGUCCAGGUCCUCGUUGAAGGUGCUACAGCUGCUACUCAAACCGCCAAGGAAACUGCAACCGCGAAUAAGGAUGAGAUCACUGCCGUUUCAGACUGCCACAUGCACGAGGCUUCUCUCUACUGCAUGGGCCCCAGCUCAUCAGAGUACUACGUCCAAACUACCAUCACCAACACUGAGGAAUAUCCCGCCCAGCUUACAAGCUGCCACAGCCAUGGCGAAGAAACUUACUGCAUGUCCGACGACGGUGAAGCUCCCAUUCUCCCAGCUGCAGACGUCGAGUCCGGCAAAGCAGACCCUCAAGAAGAACAUUGUCAUUUCCACGCAGGCGUCGAACACUGCGUCGGCGGAAGCCAUGGCUCCGAAGGUGAAGGCGGCCAACGAAACUGCGGUCGUACAGAUAGAGACUAUAAGAUCGGCAUUCGUAUCGGAAUGUUGUUCGUCGUUCUGGUCGCUAGUUCUAUUGGUGUCUUUGGGCCAAUCCUCAUGUCGACCUUUGUUCCCGUGCGAUCGAACAUUGUCCUUACGAUUCUCAAGCAAUUCGGUACUGGAGUUAUUAUCUCGACUGCCUUUGUUCACUUGGUCACCCAUGCGAGCAUGAUGUUUGGCAACGAAUGUCUUGGCGAGCUACUCUACGAAGCUACUACUGCUGCUAUCGUAAUGGCCGGUCUUUUCAUCUCGUUCCUGAUUGAGUUCUGUGUUCAGCGUGCUAUGCGAUGGCAGGCGACAAAGAAGGCCGAGACCGAUUCAGCUUACCUGUCACCUAAAGCUGUUGAGAAAGCUGAGAUGGCCAACAUCAGCAUCAUGGAAGCUGGUAUCAUCUUCCACUCACUCCUCAUCGGUAUCACCCUUGUUGUAGCGGGAGACUCCUUCUUCAUCACCCUCUCCAUCGUCAUCAUCUUCCACCAGCUCUUCGAAGGUAUCGCCCUCGGCACACGAAUCGCCUCUCUGGGUUAUGGUCAAAUGCCCCUCGCUCUGGGCCACUCGCACUCCCACUCUACACCGCCUCCAUCCGUCGAACGAACCGGAACAUCUACUGUCCCCCUGUGGAAGAAGCUCUUCCUUGCUUCUGGCUUUGCCAUCGUCACUCCCAUCGGCAUGGCCAUUGGCAUUGGUGUUCUAAACGUCUUCAACGGAAACGAUCCUGCUACCCUGAUUGCUAUUGGUACUCUGGAUGCUUUGUCCGCUGGCAUUCUUGUCUGGGUCGGUCUGGUGGCGAUGUGGGCUCAGGAUUGGAUGCUGGGAGGUGAACUCAGCGAUGCUAGUCCCCUUACUACGGUUUUGGCUCUGUUUGGUUUGAUCUGUGGCAUGGUUCUCAUGAGCUUGCUUGGAAAGUGGGCUUAA